CAAACUUCAUCUGGCACAUGGACUCCUACGACAAACUUAAACCAUAUGGAAUAUGCAUCAACGCAAGUAUUGAUGGGUUUUCAAGAAAAAUAAUCUGGCUUAAUGCUUACACAACAAGUAGUAAUCCAAAGGUGAUCGGGGGGUAUUACAUCGAAGCGGUGCAGCGUUUAAAUGGCUGCCCUAGAGUUGUACGUGGUGAUCUUGGAACCGAAAAUGGCCAUGUGAGAAGUUUCCAGCGUUUCCUUGUACCAACGGAACCAAACGAGACCCUUGACAGUUACCUGGAAGGAGCAAGUACAGCUAAUCAAAGAAUUGAAUAUUGGUGGCGUUUCCUUCGUAACCAGUGUGUGGAGUUCUGGUUGUCCCUUUUUGGAGACAUCAGAGACAACGGUUACUUUGAUGGUGGAUUUUUAGACAAAAACCUUCUUCAGUUUUGCUGCAUGGGGAUCAUACAGGAUGAGCUGGAUGAUACUGCCCAGGUUUGGAAUGCACACUCCAUCAGGCCAUCAAACAACAGAAAUGUCCCCAGUGGUCGACCCAAUGUGAUGUAUGCAUUACCUGAGCUCUACAGGACAAGAGACUUUCUUUGCCUUGUUGAAGAGGAACAUGUUGACAGUCCCAUCUGA